GGCAUUGCUCUCCCCUAAGCUGGAUCUCUCUUAAGCUCCAGAAGCGCGCAUCGCGGUAUUUUCGAAUCGAUAAGGCAACCAUCGAAACAUUUUAGGGGUCUUUGGAUCUGCUGUCGGCGAAUACGCUUGUCUCGGACGAAAUGCGCACUUCAUCUCAUCCCUAUUCGUAGAUGGCAGAAUGCGAACUUGAUCCCUACCGGACAAAAAUACGCCAUUCUUUGUGCCUAUAAAUUCUAAUCAUUAAUCUACCACAAACAAUCAUUUGUCUUCUUCAUUUCGCGACCGACUCAGUUCGAAAUUUCGCCAAUUCGUGAAUAGCAUCAUCAUCUAUACAACCAAUUUCCACCCAUAUCCCUUAUCAAAACAGACACAACGUUUAUCGGAUCGUCAGGCAGAAUGGCUUCACUCUUCCGCAUUCUAAAACACAAGUGGAUUCCUCUUAGAGAUACUACCGAAUCAUUUGCAGGGCGCUGCAUCAUUGUCACUGGUUCAACUUCCGGGAUUGGUCUCGAAGCAGUUGCUAAGUUCGCCUUGUUAGGCGCAGCCAAAGUCAUUAUGGCUGCCCGAGAUUUGGAUAAGGGCGCCAGAGUGAAGGCCAGUAUCGAGGCCAGAACAGGUUCGAAAAACCAGCUCGAAGUCUGGGAGCUUGACUUGACAUCCUAUGAGAGCAUUCAAUCUUUUGCAGAGCGUGCGAAUGCACUAGAGCGCCUGGAUAUUGCAAUUCUGAACGCUGCGAUCUACAAUGCUUCUUUCCGACAGUCGCGACAUGGAUUCGAGGAGGACCUGCAGGUCAAUACACUUUCGACUGCUCUUUUAGGCAUACUGCUCCUGCCUAAGCUAAAAGCAACGAGACAGAUCAGCAAUCAUAUCCCAGUUCUCGAAUUCACCAAUUCAGGACUUCAUCAACGAGCAAAGAUUCAAACAGAUGCGAUCGAAAAUUCGUCCUACCUGCGAACUUACAACAUACCAGAACAGUUCAAGGCAAACCAUCAGUAUUCUAUUUCCAAGUUAUUCUUAAUGUACGCGACGAACACACUUGCGGCACAAGUUUCGUCCGCCGAGGUCAUAAUAACUUCAAUAUGCCCCGGAAUGGUGGCGACAAAUCUGCCACGCGAUUACAAGUUUCCUGGAGCAAGAUUUGCCACCUGGUUAUUCGGUAUACUCUUGCAGCGUACAGCGGAGCAAGGGGCAAGAAGCAUUGUCAGCGGAACAGUACUGGGAGAAAGUGCUCAUGGACGAUUCUGGCAGCAUGACGAACUUCAACCCAUCGGUCCAAGUGUAGCUGGAGACGAAAACCGGAAGAUUGCAUCACAAGUUUGGGACGAAAUCGUUCAAGUCUUGAGCGCACAGGUGCCAUCUCCCACCUCCCACGCCUCCUCCUCCUUCUUCCGCUUCCUAUUCCCGCACACUCGUCAGCGUGCCCGCGCACAUCUCUCCAAGUUUCGGCACGAAACUCUUCGAUCUCUUCGACAACGGACACAGUCACGCAUAUAUAGAUACAUUCUUUACAGGCAGGCGAUCAAACUCAAGCGUAAGCCGGGUAUCAUACAGAGAUUACGUGGUCACACGAGGAACCUGCUACGAUCUAACUCGAGCUGGCUCGAAAAUGAAGCUGGGCUGCGAAGGCAGAAGUCGAUGAAGGCAACCGGAUCAACCACAUCCGCGAACACAGAGAUGAGUUAUCAAGAAGGGAAUUAUGCACCACGAGAGCCAGGUGCUAGAAGGAAGAAGCUUGCUGGGUACCUGAAGGCUGCGAACGAGCUUAGGCAGACGUAUCAGCAACAGUAUGCGUCUGGCUGGAGCAAGAAUCAGGGCGCUUAUGAAUAUGAGGAUGAUACACCCGGCAGUUUCCCUGACGCGGCCGUAGUAAGGAGUGGGGAAGAGGAGAUGGUUCUGUUUCCGAGCUAUGCGCGGAAGCAUGUGAAGCGGAAGCCAGAAGCAGAACCGGGUACUAUUCAAGAGGUCGAAGGCGAAGGUCGCGAUGUUCGAGACUCUACUGGUGCAGGAGACGCAGAGUUCUGGAAGCAGCAAUGGGACAACUAUGAGGAUGACAAUGCCGUCGUUGACGUUGAUGUACGAGGCUGGAUAUAUUCGCCACACAAGGGUCAAAUGUCUAGAAAACAACGACUCUUCAUUGGUUUGGCACGGCAGCUCGUAGGCAUACAAGCACCACCCGCCGGUUCAACUCCCGCGAGCUCAUCAGUAAGCCCGAACCAGAGUAGAGAGCCUAGUCCAGGUCAAUUGAACCACAGAGACCGGACACAAAUUCGACAGGCUCAGCGUGAAGAGCUUCUAACAGCAAAAGAGGCAGAGGAGAUCUUGAAAAGGGGUGAGAGAGAGGCUAAGGCCGCAGAGAAAGGUGCAUACAGCGAAAAGCCUGCGGUCGAUGACGACAACACGAAGCUGUAUCGGGCACAGAGCCGAGAUAGCAUACGCUCGAUAGACUCGCGAGGUAAUCUACAGCCCAGCCUUGCAAACCGGGACGAAAACAUUAAAGCAAUAGAGAAACGCGCAUCAUGGAAUCAGCCUGCAGAUAUGUCCUCUGCAGAGCUUGCAGAGGCAAAUGCCCGCUUGAUGGCAAGGCUUCGCCACUUCCUCGCUAUCCCAAUGGCAAAUACCCCAAUCAGUGUUUUCUUCUACAAUGAGAAAAUCUCCAAACAGCGGACGAUAUACACGAAUCCAUCAGGUCAUUUCAGCAUCUGUGCUGCCCUGGACUUUGUACCGACGCAUGUGCGUAUUCUCGCAUCAGACAAACUGUCUGCCACCGAAGAAAUAAUUGUCACCGAUCCCUACGGAGUUAGUGUUAUCAGUGAUAUUGAUGACACAAUCAAACAUUCGGCCAUCAGCAGUGGUGCCCGCGAGAUCUUCCGCAACGCCUUCAUCAGAGAAUUGGGAGAUCUGACCAUAGAAGGUGUUCGGGAGUGGUAUACUAGGAUGUUUGAGAUGGGCGUCAAGUUCCAUUAUGUUUCCAAUUCUCCCUGGCAACUUUUCCCGGUCAUCUCGAAGUACUUUGAGAUGGCGGGUCUACCACCCGGCUCUUUCCAUUUGAAACAGUAUAGUGGUAUGCUGCAAGGAAUCUUCGAGCCCGUCGCUGAGCGCAAAAAGAGCACUCUUGACAAAAUCGCUAGAGAUUUCCCAGAAAGGAGUUUCAUCCUGAUCGGUGAUAGCGGUGAGGCAGAUCUGGAGGUCUACACAGAUUUUGUUUUAGAAAACCCCGGGCGUGUAGUUGCGGUCUUCAUCCGGGACGUCACGACAACUGAAGGUGGAGGAUUUUUUGACACAUCCGUAGGACCUGGACCUGGUGGGUGUAUGCCGUCUUCUCAAGAAGGGAAUGAUGCUGCUCAUAGAUCUGCAUCAGCUGCCAACAACGUCGAAGACGAUGACCCCCAUCUCAGAGCUGCAAUUGAAGCCUCCUUACGAGACUUGGAAGAAGACAACAAGAAACGCUCGAAGUCUUUAUUCCCAGAAAUCGAUGAUGACCAUCCCGACAUGCGGCCAAAAUUACCAGCACGAAAAUCGUCGCAAGCUGCAUCAGAGUCAACGCCGAACCUCAUAGAUUUGUCUCCAGAUCGCGAAACACCAACUGGGCCUGCCCUGCGCCGAGUAAAUACAGACACCAAGACCGAGACAAACAAUAAAUCGGCACCAGCCAUCUCUUCUGCAGGCAGCAAAGCUGCUCCUCCGCCGCCGAAGAAACCCACCUCCCUCCGCAGCAUGUCUGGGGAUUCAUACGCCCCAUCAUUGCCCGCCUCUGGAAAGCCCCCAUUGCCACCCAAGCCUCGCAAUUCUUCUUCUACUGUUCAGCAAUCAACAUCAUCGAGGCCCCAAGGUUCCCCGUUGCGGCCGCAGCCAGGACCCAAACCAACAGCACAAUCGCAACAAACCUACGCCGGCAUGGCUCGGGACAAACUCGUCUCAGCGUACAACCAACUCCCUGCUGCGUCAUCUUACCUUCCGUCUUCGAGCUCCAAAGAUACCCACGCAGAUUCCAAACCUGAGGGCAGUGCCGGCGGCACGAAGAAGGCACCCCCGCCCCCUCCACCCCGGCGAGGUGUAACCGCCUACCCAAGCGCAGCAGCCUCGUACGUCGGCUCCAAGGCCACUUCUGCCUGGCAAGCCGCGCCUGCACUUCCCUCCCAUCUAGUCCACACCUCGAAUAAUCCUAAUGCCAACAUGGCGCGCGCAAACUCCUACUCGACCACUGCUUCCGGCGGAUCCCAAUAUCCACAACGCACCAACACGUCCUCAACACUUGGGCUCAACGGCCGCAAUGGCAACCAAGGCACAGCCGAUGGAUAUGGAUACGCCGAACAAGGCAUGAAUAAGCGGGAAGCCCUCUGGUACCAGAGAUGGGCACGCGCGGAACAGAUACUGAAAGACAACGGCGUGACGUUGAAGAGCUGGCGCAUCGGGACGGACGUGACGAAGGAGGCGGAAAAGAUCAUCAGGGACGUAGCAGAGAGGAAUAAGGAGAAAGCUGUGAAGAAGGGGGGUUCUUCCAAAUAGUGAGGUAUGGUUUUAUUUUGAGUAGUGUUGUUGUCGUCGUCGAUUCAGCGCGCAUAUCAAGGAUAUUAUGUACAUAUAUGUUCACUUGAGUCAGUAGUACGUAGACGGGGUUAUUUUUUUUAAAAAAAUAAUGAAGUCU